AUGAUCAGACUCAAGUGUUCUGCGAGUAAACAGUAUGUUGUCAAAUCUACGGAUCACGCAGGCCGACCAGCCAAGUUGACCUGGAGCAACCCCCCAAGAGACAUCUUAAUGCCACUGCCAAGCAUAUUCUUCUAUUUUGUCCAUCCAGAAUUCUCUCUAGAUGAUCUCAACAUGAGGCAAUUUUCAAGAGAUAUUCGGAAUGGGGAUGGUGAUCCCAUUCGAUUUGAAGUGUUCCAUAUCCCUGGGGCCAGUGACGCUCGCGGCGAUGUCUUCAAGCUGGUUCAAGAGGGAAAAGAUAUUCAGUACGCAGCUAAACAAGAGCCCCAUGGCAAGCUCCCUGGCCUUACUUCAUCACAAAAGGGCACAUAUAUUGGUUACCACGGUGUCAUAUAUAAACCAUUUGAUAUCGUUGAUUUCGAUCCAGCAAUGACGUCGGAGGACUAUGAUCCUGGUGAACUGGAAAAGAGAGGACCGCAGCCCCCCUUUAAAACGACACGGGUGUCGGCUAAGAAAAAGUCCAAGGUUAUACGGUACGAGGAUCAAGGGAUUUGGCUCUGGUUUCGCGACCAUAGCUAUUUAAUAGUAUUAUUAAAUUAA